AUGAGCAAUCCCGAUGAUCUUUUACUGGAGCUCAUAUAUGAGUAUAAACCGCAUUUGCAAUCUUAUCGACACCGAAUGAAUACUUGGAACGAGCUGCUGCGUGCAUUCAAUCGCAAGACAGGCGCAAGCUACCGGCAGAACCGUACCCUGAAAACCCGAUUUGAGAAGCUCAAGGAGUUAUACAUUAACAACGAGGAGCUACCGUUCAGCAAUGUUGGAUUGCUCGAAGAGCUGCUCAAAGAAGACCGGCGCGACUAUAAGUAUGCCAAAAUUCGCCAACCGCCAAGCAGUGCGGAAAAUGGCGACUCGGAGCCCCCGCCUUCCAGCGAUACAAUACCGCAGCUCAUACAUCAAAAAGAUGAGAGAUCUGAUCCAGAUAUUCGAUCCAAUGAAGAGGCCAUAGGAACGCAGCCGCCACCUCUGGAUUCUAUUACUGUAUUUCCACAUACGCAAAUGCGGCGAUACCAGGAGCAUCAAGACCAGCAUCGUGACUUCUCGCCGGGCUCUCACCUUCAUCCACAGCUCGGAAGUUCUUCAGUCCAUAACUCAAACACGCCAUCUGAUACAAGUACAUCUUCAUCACGUUUCUCGAGCAACAAACAACAGGCCUUGUCAAUGGUCGACUCUCUGAGGAACGAUAUGGGUGGAGAAAGGACAUAUGCUGAUAGCCUCGAGUUACAAAACUGUACCACUAUUGACGCCCUGCAAAAAGAGGUCGCUCUGCUGAAACAAAACCAGCAAAGGUUUCAAAAAGAUGUAAUGCUGAAACUGAACAAGAUAGCCGAACUUCUUCAGGAAAGAGAGCCGGAAAAUCAGGCGGGCUUUCUAAACCUCCCUUUUUCCACCAAUACACAACACAGUCCGGGCUGA